AUGGGCGGCGCACCGGGGCCCGAUCCGCGCUACGCUCCCUACGGGCAGCCUCAGCCCAGUUACGGAGGACCUGCGCCUGGAGGCCUGCCACCCGGCUGGGAAUCUGCACAAGACCCUGCCAGUGGCAAGACAUACUACUUCAAUCGUGCAACCAACGAGACCAGUUGGACUCCGCCUGCCGCUCCAGCGGCACCCCCGCCAGCACCGGCCAUGCCGUCCCUACCACCCGGUUGGGAAUCAGCACAAGAUCCUGCCAGCGGCAAGACCUACUACUUCAAUCGUGCGACCAACGAGACCAGAUGGGAUCCACCCAUGUAG